AUGGAAAAUGUACCUACAUGUCCUUUAACUCAAAAUGAUGCCAAAGAACAGCAAAAAUAUAUUAUACAAUUUUCCUCAGCAAGUGCAGCAAAAAAUCUCUAUACAUUGUUAAAUCUUUGCAAUAAAACAAUUAAAACUAGUGUGGACUUUUCUAAUAUUCAAUCGGAUCUGAAGCAUAAUGGAAUUGUUCAAGACGUUAGUUUCGGAAAUUUUUAUGCUUACAUCGGAUACUUUAGAAGUAGUGAUGUUGAUGAAUUAACUAAACUUAAUGGCAUUAUUAAUGUCGAGAAGGAUUCUUUAAUGGGCAUUCGUACUUUAAAUAGUAAAAAUUCAUCAUCUUGCCUUAGUACCAGAAAAAAUCCUAAUCCAAAUUUAGAUCGUAUUGAUCAAGAACUCUUUCCAUUAAAUGGAAAAUAUAUGUAUCCUUCUACCGCUGGCAAUCAAGUGCAAGUUUAUAUUCUUGACACAGGCAUUAAAACUGAUCAUGAUGAGUUUGGAGGACGAGCAACUUUCGGUCAAAAUUUCGGUGUAGCAACCCAAGUAUCCCUGAUUGCCGUUAAAGUUUGUACCGCUCAAGGAAAUUGUUCAACCUCUGAUGUCAUUUUAGGAUUGAACUAUGUAUCAACACAAUAUUCAAUAAGUUUUAACAAGAGAGCUGUGAUCAAUUUGUCAUUAGCUGGUCCUGUUUCAAAAUCUUUAAACGAUGCUGUUAAUUCAAUAACAAAACUGGGUAUUCAUGUUGUCGUUUCUGCUGGAAAUAAUUAUCAUGAUAAUGCUUGCAAUUACUCUCCUGCAUCUGCUUCUAGCGCUAUAACAAUUGGUGCUAUUGAAGAUACUUCGAAUGCUGUAACUGACUUUACAAACAUUGGUUCAUGUGUUAGCAUUUUUGCUCCAGGUCGUAACAUCCUUUCUGCUGGAAUAUAUAAUGAGACUAAUAUACUUUCAGGAACCAGUCAAGCAGCACCUCAUGUUACAGGAACAGUUGCUUUAGUAAUUGCAAAUACCGGGAAUUUAUCUCCAUCUAAUAUGAAAGAAUUUAUUAUAAACUUGGCAACAAAAAAUAUUUUAACUGGUAUUGAUUCUUCCACUCCAAAUAAUUUUUUGCGCGUUCCAUAUACUUGCAACAAUUAA